AUUGAAGCAAGUGCCGUGCAACGACGUCACUGUGUGUGACGUCAGCCCCUGCAGUUCUUUCCGGCCUGAGAGAGAGAAAUGGAGGAGUACGCACGGGAACCUUGCCCCUGGAGGAUUGUGGAUGACUGUGGAGGAGCCUUCACCAUGGGCCUCAUCGGUGGUGGCAUCUUCCAGGCCGUCAAGGGAUUUCGGAAUUCACCAGCUGGAAUGAACCACAGGCUGCGAGGAAGCAUGACGGCCAUCACAACGCGGGCCCCAGUGCUAGGAGGCAGCUUUGCGGUUUGGGGAGGCCUGUUCUCUAUGAUUGACUGCAGCCUGGUCAAAGUGAGGGGGAAGGAAGACCCCUGGAACUCUAUCACGAGCGGCGCAAUGACCGGAGCCAUCCUGGCAGCCAGAAAUGGCGCCGUGGCGAUGGUGGGCUCGGCAGCGAUGGGAGGCAUUUUGCUGGCAUUGAUAGAAGGAGCUGGGAUUCUCUUAACCAGAUUUGCCUCGGCACAGUUUCCAACGGGUCCGCAGUUUGAAGAACCCGCCCCAAUGCCUGCUCCCUCCUUCGGUGACUACAGGCAGUAUCAAUAAAGACAUUGCAACUUAAACAGGGUUUUUAUAUACAAAAAAAAGUUUAGAAAUUGGAUCAGGAACCCAUUUGGGAUGCCCAGGACCUUCACACAAACAAAACAAACUGCACCAAGGAGCAUUUCAGAUGCAACCAGAUAUUUUGGUGGCACGUGUUAAAGUAGGUUUUGAGCAGGUAAACGUGUUUCUUUCGAAGGUGUGCUGCUGUCUGUACAGUAGUGGUUUCUUAGACUGGAUUGCAUCUCAUUUCAGUUGCUUUGAUGGCAUGUGUUUAUAUGCACUGUCAGCAGGAACUUAAAAACAGUCUGAUAUAGUUAUUGAAUUUGUAAUAUAGUGUACAUACAGGCUUCGCUAAAUUGUGUUUAGUUUGUAAACCCCAGAUUUUGCCCGUUCCUCUGUAUCACUGUGUUGCUUGGAGUGACUGUGACACAUGUAUAAGCCAGUAUAAUUAAUUAAGAAGGGAUGGGGAGAGUAAUUAUUUACUUCUAUGAGAAACUUGCCUUGGGUAAUGAAUAAUGAAUUUUGCAGCGGGUUGCACUAAGAAGCAUGUAUGAUUGUUCAGCAGAGUGAAGAAAUUUCAAAGUGUGCUACUAACCUCACUGCAAAUAUACGCAGUCUGGAAUUGCACUUCACACUGGAGCAAGGGUCGUGCCUGUGUGUGUGAGUGUGGAAAUACUUGUAUCUUUUUAUGUGUGUGUUCAUCUCUGUAACAUUAGGGUACUACAUGCAUGAUAGGGUUCUAAGAGUCAUAUAAAAAGAUGCAGUCUAACAAAA